UGGAUGUUUUGACUCUUCGCAAAUUCCCAUUUCGCCUCACGAACUUCUUCUGAAUAUAGUUCACGUAUAUCUUUAGAAUUUUCUUGUUCUCAUUCCCGUAUCUUUUCUCUAUCCUACUUCUUACAUUGUACCUACAUUUGUUUUGCGCUUUCUCUUUGGCUUCUUUGAGGAGACUCAAUUGGUCUGGGGGGUGAAAGAAUGACAGAACCAAAAGGAAACACUCCCUUGAUGGCACCCUCAUCAUUGAAGCUCCCAGAUUAUAAGACAUCAGUCAAGCUGAAAUAUGUUAAGCUUGGCUAUCAUUACCUUAUGACUCAUGGAAUGUUCCUCUUCCUUUCCCCUCUUGUGAUCAUAAUUGCUGCCCAACUUUCAACAUUUUCUCUCCAUGAUCUAUAUAAUAUAUGGGAUAAUCUCCAGUAUAACCUCAUCUCUGUGGUCAUUUGCUCUUCUCUUUUAGUUUUUGUAUCCUCCAUCUACUUCCUCACUCGUCCUCGCCCUGUAUACCUGGUGGAUUUCUCAUGCUACAAGCCUGAUGAAGCUCGACGGUGCACAAUGAAGACAUUUAUGAAUCAGUCUCAGUUAACUGGUGCAUUCACGGAGGAGAACCUCGCGUUUCAGAGAAAGAUCCUUGAAAGAUCUGGCCUAGGGGAUCACACUUACCUUCCUGAGGCUGUCCUCAAUAUGCCUCCAAAUCCAUCGAUGAAAGAAGCUAGAAAAGAAGCUGAGGCAGUGAUGUUUGGUGCCAUUGACGAACUUUUAGCUAAGACCUCUGUAAAACCCAAAGACAUAGGAGUCCUGGUUGUGAAUUGUAGCUUGUUCAAUCCAACCCCAUCUUUGUCCGCUAUGGUUAUCAACCAUUACAAGCUUCGAGGAAAUAUCGACAGCUACAAUUUAGGUGGUAUGGGAUGCAGUGCGGGUCUAUUAUCUAUUGAUCUUGCUAAAAAACUUCUUCAGGUCCAUCCUAACUCGUAUGCGUUGGUUGUCAGCAUGGAGAAUAUCACUCUGAACUGGUACUUUGGGAAUGAUCGGGCAAAACUUGUUUCGAAUUGCUUAUUUCGAAUGGGUGGGGCUGCGGUGCUGCUUUCUAACAAAUUUUCGGAGAGAAGAAGAUCCAAAUACCAAUUGGUGCACACUGUUCGGACACACAAGGGUGCUGAUGAUAAGUGCUUUGCCUGUGUGACCCAAGAAGAGGACUUCAAUGGAAAAAUUGGUGUUACUUUGUCAAAGGAGCUCAUGGCUGUUGCUGGUGAUGCUUUAAAAACCAACAUCACCACAUUGGGGCCACUUGUUCUGCCUACGUCUGAACAAUUGCUUUUCUUUGCUACAUUGGUUGGGCGAAAACUUCUCAAGAUGAAGAUCAAGCCUUACAUUCCAGACUUUAAACUAGCUUUUGAGCAUUUCUGCAUCCAUGCUGGCGGAAGAGCAGUUUUGGAUGAAAUCGAGAAGAACUUGCAUCUUUCUGAUUGGCAUAUGGAGCCGUCAAGAAUGACGCUCUACCGAUUUGGCAACACCUCAAGCAGCUCGCUGUGGUAUGAAUUGGCUUAUACAGAAGCCAAGGGAAGGGUGAAAAGGGGAGACAGGGUGUGGCAGAUAGCAUUUGGGUCGGGAUUUAAAUGUAACAGCGCUGUCUGGAAGGCUUUAAGGACUGUAAAACCAGCAAAGGAGAAGAACCCAUGGAUGGCUGAGAUUGACAGGUUUCCCGUGGACGUUCCAAAAGUAGCGGCCAUCUGAACUCUUUAACGGGAAAUUCACAUCCAUUUAUGGGUAUUUUCAGCUACAGGUGUUCACACUUCUGGAGUAAGGUUUUCUUCUUUCAAUUGUAGUGGUGUUUGAGGUUGCUUUCAUUUUGCCUUUGGAGGAUUGUCAGAAGGCCAGCUUCUUGGUUUUGCUUUCAGUGCUGAAAAGGGUGCAUCAGGAUGGCAAAAUUGUUUUCGUCGGACUUCUUAAAGAGGGUUUUUGUGUCACAGAUUGGUUUUUUUUUUUUUUGUAAAUGUUGAGUUUUUAGGUUAAGGUUCCAUCAAUGAGCAGUGUGUUUGACACACAGAAUUUGGUUACUUUGACUGGAAACAUGGAGAUGGUUGGAGUUUUUAUUAGCUAUUGUUACUUGCCAUUAAUCAGUUUAAAGUGAU